GUGGUUAUGAGGAGUUGUACUCUGUCUCCUCCUACAGAAGGUGAAAACUGCGUAGCAGAUGAAGAGGAGGUCAGUGAAUACCGAGUGAAAUGUCUGAAUAACUUGGCAGCAGCACAGCUGAAGCUUGGACAGUUCGAGGAGGCCCUGCACACAAGUCAAGAUGUUCUCUUUCUCGAUCCCAACAAUGUCAAAGCACUAUUCAGAAAAGGAAAGCUUUUAUCAGAUAAGGGCGACUAUGAGGAGGCCAUGGAGACCCUGAAAAAAGCUUUGAAACUGGAGCCGUCCACUAAGGCCAUACACGCCGAGCUGUCAAAGUUGGUAAAAAGACAGGCAGGAGAAAAUGAGAUUCAGAACUGGGAAGCUAAACCAGCUCAACUGCUUGGGGAAAACAUAGCACCCUUUUUAACACCUACACCCAAAAAGAAGCUGAAUGGAAUUUCUUGGAAGUUUCUGCUUGGAGCUCUGGUGGUGGCCUUGGGCAGUUUAGUCAUAUCUGUGGUCCUGACCGCACAGAACUAACUCUUUUGACCUACAUGCAAAUGAACUAAGAGUCUCACAAACACACUUUCCACAAAAUGCCAAGAGAUGAGGAGAAAAAAAACUUUUUAAAGGGGAUUUUCAAGAGAUCCUCGACUGCUGGCACCCCAACUAAAACAAAGCAGAAUGUGUGCACAAAAAAGAGAAAGCAAGUAAUAUAUUCAAAAUGAAAGCACAAUUUACCACAAAAAUCUGAAUAUGAUCAAAUACAAAAUAUGUUCUGAUCAAUCAGUAUCUACCAAAAUUCAGUAAACAAACAGGCAUCACAAAA